CUGCAUUUCAUCGCGAGAGUCUACGUCAUCGCAUCAUUCUGCCGAACACCAAACAAUCAUGGCGGACUGGAAGAAAGCGUCCUUGUCCACUCAGCCAAUAACACUUGAUCCGAAUGAGUAUUUCAAUACUUCGCCGGAAUUUAGACGUCAACAAAAAGACAGGCUUGCCAUGCAAGCCAAUCUGAAGAGACAGUACCAGCUACAACUGAACAACCCACAUAGAACACAGCUUAUUGAGGACCCGGCACUGAACCGUUGGGUGUAUGCACGCAACCACACCUUGGAGCAUUUUAGGCCAACACUUAGGACAUCUCUGUUGGGUAUUUUGUAUGGAGUUGUACCAUUGUGCGCCAUCUUCUACGCCCUCAAGAGGGACAGGGAGAUAAAAGCCCAGCGGAUCAAGGAUGGGAAUCCAUGUCGCAAGUUUCAAGUUAUGGAAUUUUAAUUUUCUCUACUUAUACACCUCCUGUCUGUCCGAUGAUAAUGUCUAAUUAUCAUUAACCAAAUUAAAAUAUAUUGUUGCAACAAAAA